AUGGCUCUUGACGUCGCUCUGCAGUCUCCGACCACAGUGCAGCUCCGAACGCGGCUGCUGCCUUUUCUUUGCAGCCGGGUCUUCGCCAUCAAAAGCGAUGGCGAUGAGGGCAAUGGCAUCCUCGUCGUCAACACGUAUAUGCUGCACCUUCGACCGCCCCCGCAAAGAGGUCCUUGUGGAUUCCAGUCGAAGAAACACUGUGCCAACGCUGUGGAAAAGGUAGCCCAUCGCCUGAAGCCCUUCAGCCAGCACAGGGUGACCAUCGCCCUGGAAAGUAAGGCGAAGGCGGCGGCCGUGCCCGGAAAGGGAGGGAGGAUGGACGGCAUCUACUACCAGAUCAGGGACGACGACAUGGGCAAGUUCAUCCCCCUCCUCUUCCUGAGAGGCGCAUUCCCGGAUUACGAUGCCACCGCCCAUGGCAUCUUUAUCACCACGGAAAAGUUUGAGCGCAUCGCCACCGGCAGCACCCAGACCAACUAUCAAUGUUCACGGGCAGGACCACAUCCUGAUGAUCCCUUCACCCAGGCCUACAACAACACCAAAACCCGAGAGUGCGACGACGUGGUCCGUUACCUGAAUGCCUACGGAAAGCACCACCUCGGUGAGAUGGCGACCUGGUCCACCAUCAGCCUCUCCCGCGACGUCGCCACGGAAGUCCAUCACGACUAUCACAACUACACAGGGACCAAGAACUUCACUACCAGCGUGGGGCAGCGCACAGGGCAAUGGCUUCCGGGACGAGCACACGAUACACACAACAUGUUCGUCGAGUUCGGUCCCUUCCUGAAGCACGCUACUGAGCCCUGGACCGGGAGCAGAUGGUGCGUAACCUACAACACGACCCGCAACCUCAACAAGGCCGGGCCAGAGAUGCUGAAGUUCCUGAAGGGCUGCGGGUUCCCUCUACCACGCAAACAGGUGCUUGCCGGGAACGAGGUCAAGCCCACCAGGAAGCCGCGGGCGAGCACCCGCAGCAACAUCUUCAACAACGCCGCCAAGAUCGGAGUCAUGAUGGCCACGCUGAUCACCGCGGCCGGGAGCUACAUGGCGGAGCACUUCGUGCCGAAGGCUGACACUGAGCCCAUCGUGAUCUUCGAGAUUGGGAAUACGGAGGCGACCCACGAAGCCGCCUCCAUCGGAAAGGACGUUUUUGAGCCGAUGUCCUGGGAGAAAUACCGUGCCCCGGUAGGCAAAGAGAGUGCAUUCCACAUUGCCAAUGGAGGCGGACCCCGUGAACUACGAGUAUGCCUGGAUGGAAGACCACAGCAGUGCGGUAAAGCCCUGCUCGACUUGGUGAGGUUACAGAUCGAGGACGGCGGCACCGUAGUGAUCAAUGGGCCCGCUAACGACGACAUCCUGAGCGCCAUCGACAACGACCACUUCCUCAAGAACACCAAGCGGUAUCAAGGCGACGGCGAAGGGAAAGUGUUUCUUGUGAUGUUCAAGGAGAAGCCCGACACUAAACCAGUGGUGUGCCAUGACCGACUCCACGAGACCAAGAUGGUGUCCAGAGACAGCGGACCGCAGCCCGCAAAUGGACAGUUGCCAAUGGGCGCUGGAGGAAUCACUUUCGGCGAGGGCACCCCUGGAACAGUGGCAACUGCCUUUCGCAGACUCCACCAGAACCUUGGGCACCCUCGACAAGAAGAUCUACUUCGACACCUGAGGCUGGCGGGGUGCGACCCAUCCGUCGUCAAAGCCGCCAGGUCCAUGAAGUGCCAGGUUUGCAAUGCCAACGCCGGACCGAAGAUUGCGCGGCCUAGCACGCUGCCACCUGUGGCCGACUUCAACGACACCCUUGGCCUCGACCUCUUCUUCUGCCACGACACCAACGACGAGAAGCACGGGUUCCUCUUGGUCGUCGACUACGGGACCACCUAUCACCUUGCUGUGAAGGUUGACGGGCAGUCCGCCCAGAACAUCGAGGCCAAGUUCAAUGAGAUGUGUCUGCUUCCGUUUCGCCCGCCAAAGGCAGUCGUGAUCGACUUGGAGGGGGGCCUACAAUCCGCGCUAGGACGUCUAUGUGACUGGCAUGGAAUCGGAGUGCGCAGCGUCGCUGCGCAAAGCCACUGGCAGGCCGGAGUUGUCGAGCGGCAGCAAGCAUGGUGGAAGCACAUUUGGGACAAGGUCAGCUACCAGCUAAGCAUCACCGAGGACGAAGUCGAACUGGCGGUUCCCAUCAUCAACGGCAGCUAUGAGAGCCGCCGCCCGAGUCGCCUUCCACCAGAGCCAGACUGUCGAAAGACUUCGCAAGGCUAUGCUGCGGCGAUCUGCAGCGUACACGGGCGACGAGGAUGUUGGACCGGCCCAGCCGUGAUCGUGGGCAAAGAAGGGAGAUCCCAGAAGGAGAUGGAGCGUCUACUUGAUCACGACCCUGAUGGAGAUGAAGCCUACGAGGACGACGAGCAGGAGUAUCUGGAGGGCUUAGUCGAAGAUAUCAGCUUGCCUGGCGAGGACGAUAAGGUCGCCGAAGCCGACGACGAGGACAUCGCCCUCGACGUGUUCGACGAUAUCGCCGCGAAGGUCGCCGAACCCCCUGGACGGCUUGGAGAAGCGUUGACGGAGAUCCUGCCGGAGGUCCACGCGAAGUUCAGGGAGGCCGAGAAAACACAAUGGGAGCAACUCUCGUUUGAUGCUCUGGAGCCACUGUCCAUCUCAGAGAGUGAGCGAAUUCCUGCUGAACGCAUUCUUCGAAGCAGAUGGGCCUACAAACACAAAAAAUGGUCCAAGCGCCACGAGGGCGAAGAUGUACCCUGGAAGUGCAAGUCGAGGCUUAUCAUAGCGGGACACACCGACCCGGAUCUCACUGACGAGAGCUUGACCCUCUCGACUGCCGACCCGUGGACACUAGCAGCCGGCGAUAUCCGAUGUGCCUUCCUCACCGGCAGCUACUUGGACCGCGAACUUUACAUGCAUCAACCAAAGACGGGCUUCCCCGGCAUGACCCCAGGGCAGUUGGUGCGAAUCAAGAAGAACGUUUUUGUCGGCGAUGGACCCAUGCGCGUUCCUACUGAGAAAGUGGAUGGCGAAAGCUUCGAGGGCCUCCCCAUCGCCUACCUGGGCUGCCAUGUGGACGAUUUGCUCGUCGCGGGACCGCGUGGCCUACAAGGAAAGAUCCAAGAAGCCCUUGCCGCCAAGUUUGAAAUUUUUUUUCACGCACCUUUUUACGUCCGCCUAAUUCGCAAGUCCAAGUCCCCGUGCAACCUGCGCGCUACGGGCCGAGGCGGCUGGGGCUGGGAGGGGAUAGUGGCUGAGUACCAGGUCCUCCUAGCCAAAGCCAUGGAGGCUUCAAAGGAGUCCUCCGCGCCGGCAAAGGCGGCAGGUGUGAAGGAGUCGAAAGCGGAUCCCGCAGAUGCGGGCGAGACAUCAGCAAAGCAGGAGCCCGAGGAGGCUGCACAGACUGCUCCACAGGAGCGGGCGGAGCGCCGUACGGCGGAGAGCUGCAGUGGUUCCGACUGGGAGGAAGUGCGAAAGAAAAGCAAGAAGCAGCGCAAGGAGUGCCGAAGGGCGGACACAGACAGUGCGGAGCGCCCACAGUGGCGGGAGCGUGAGCAGCGCACCUUGCGCGAGCAGUUCGUCCAGUUGGAGCACGAGAUCCGGGGCGCCCUUCGGGAAGAGCGGGCACUGCAGGAGCGCCUUUCAAGGCGGGAGGAGCGCCCAAGGCGAGACGAGGGGCGAGACGAGCGCCCAAAGCGCCCAGAGAGACCGAAGUGGCGAGACGAGCGCCCAGAGCGGCGACCUGAGCGAGGCGAGCGGUCGGAGCGGCGUGGUGCGUACGAUCGCCCAGAGCGGCGAUCUGAGGUGCCAGACGAAGGUGCAGGUCGGCGAGGGGAGAGGCAGUGGCGAGAGGAGCGCCCAGCGCGGCGUGAUGCGUGGCGAGAGGAGCGCCCAGAGCGGCGUCGAGACAGCCACCCGAGCUCCAGGGCUGCUGGUGCGCAGAGUUCUGCGGACGACUCUCGUGGCAGUGGGCGCGCACGUCGCGAAACCUAUACAGCGGCGCCCUUGCACACGCCAUUGGACAGCAGGAGAGGGGGCGCGGUUACCAAAAUCGCCAUUUUGAUAGGUGCUUACGAGAGCAGAAACGAACGUGAGCUCACGGAGCUGUCGGAGCGCUUUGACGCUGAGCUUGCGGCGCGCACCGAGCGGGUGCUGGCAAAUUCAUGGGCAGAGAAGCUCAGGCGCAUGGUCACUGCGGUGCUGCAGGACCAGACGGAUGCAUUGCGCGCCAUGGUGGCGGAUUUCCGAAGAGCGCGCCCGAUUCAGGAUGCCAUCCAGAAUCGGUCGUGGAAGGAGUGGAGACAACGUGGCUAUGACUGA